AUGAAAACUUUCUUGAUUUCGGCUACUAUUGCUCUGCUUUUCAUAUCAUCAACGUUACCUCAAAAUUCAGGAGCAGAGUUUGGACAAUGGUGUGUAGCCGAUAGACAGUUUCCAGAUGGUGUGGUACAAGCAGCUUUAGACUGGGCUUGUCAAAAUGGAGCAGACUGUAGUAAGAUUCAGCCUGGCCAGCCUUGCUUCGAGCCCAACACUGUCAUGGACCAUGCCUCUUUUGUCUUCAAUGAUUUUUACCAGCGUAAAAAGCAUAGUGGUGGUACCUGUGACUUCCACAGCGCUGCAGUGGGCACCGAAACCGACCCUAGUCAUGGUUCUUGCAGCUUUCCGUAUAUCCCCUAA